GGCCCCUGCGCCUCGUCCCGAUGGCGUCAUCGGUGACGUCACACGCGGCCUCGGCAGCGCCAGGCUCUGCAGCCAUGGCCGGGGGGGAGAGGCCGAGGUCGCUGCGGCUGGUGCGGGAAGGGCGGCUGGAUCUGCUCCGGGAGGAGCCUCUGGAGCCGGCGAGGCGGAGCUACGGGCGCUCGGGGGACACGCUGCUUCACCAGGCGGCCCGGAACGGCCACCGAGAUGUCCUCGCCUACCUGGUGGAGGCGCUGGAGAUGGACCUGGAGGUGUUCAACAGCGACUACAAGAGACCCCUCCACGAGGCGGCCUCCAUGGGGCACCCGGAAUGCGUUUCCUACCUCCUGGAGAGAGGGGCCAGCGUGGAUUGCUUGAAGAAGGGAGACUGGACUCCCCUGAUGAUGGCUUGCACUAGGCAAAACCUGGAGGUGAUCAAAGCUCUGGUGGAUCAUGGAGCCAACCCACUGCUGAAGAACAAGGAUGGCUGGAAUUGCUUCCACAUUGCCAGCCGGGAGGGGCAUCCCCACGUCCUCCAGUACCUCCUGGAUGUGUCCCCAGGCUGCUGGGACACUGAGAGCACAAUCAACAGAACACCUCUGCACACAGCAGCCAUGCACGGCUGUUUGGAGGCUGUGGAGCUGCUCCUGGAGCGGUGCCAGUACAAACCUGACAGCAGAGACAGAUGUGGAGUCACUCCCUUUAUGGAUGCUAUCCAGAAGGGGCAUGUUGACAUCGCCCGGCUGCUCCUGGAAAAACACCAGGCCUGUCCUACAGCCGUGGACGCGCUGGGCGCUCAGCCCCUGCACCGGGCAGCUGUCACAGCCCAGGAUGAAGCCAUCCAGUUCCUUGUCUCUGACCUGGGUGUGGAUGUCAAUGAGAGAGUGACAACCCUCCAGCUCACAGCACUACACUAUGCAGCCAAGGAAGGACACACACACACCAUCCAGAGGCUGCUGUCCCUCGGUGCUGAUCUGCAGGCAAAGGAUGGGAAGAGCCGUUCUGCCCUGCACGCAGCCUGUGCCGGGCAGCAGGCGGCGGCCGCGCGGGUCCUGCUCCAGGCCGGGCUGCGCGACGCGCCGGAUGGCACGGGCACGCUGGCACAGCAGCUUGCCAGGAAGCCAGAUGUCAUCCAGGUUCUCCAGGAAACCAGUGUCAGCACCUGAGACCAACUGGGAAAAAAGAGAAGCACGUUUCGCUCCACCAAGUUCCAAAUUUCAGGGCUGAAUUUCACCUCUUCUUGUGCAGCACCCAGCACACCAAACAGCUGAGGUGACAGCACCCUGAAGUUUACCAUCCAAGGAAGGUGCCCCGUGGGCCACUGCUGGAUGACCUCUGGAGACCUGCAUGGCUUGAACCCACUGAAGCCUGCAUAGCUCCUGAUGAGAUGUUUCCAUGCAAUGGACAUCCUGAAGGAGAAGAUUCACCUGGACUGUGGAUUCUUCUAGCCUUUAAUGCACCUGCUCUCCACUAAGCUCUGAAGCUGUGCUUUAAGUGGCCACCUCUUUUGGUAGCCCCUGAGAGAGGGGGAGUGCAAGAGAUCCCUUGGUGACUCUUCCUUCUUCAGGUUUGAGCUGCAGAGGACAAGUUCAGGGAGUCUUCAAGUAGCAUCAACCUCUUAUGUGCUUUUUGUGGCCCAGGCCUGAUCCCAAAACUUGCUGAAACCAAUAGUAAAGCCUCAACCUUGUGAUGACAUCAAGGGUCUUUGGAUCAGACUGAAAAACAAAAAAGUAUUAUUCUAGACAGACACAAAGUGAACUUAAACAAAUAAAAAUCCUGCUCUUGGUCA